CUGGCUUAACGACAACCAGGAAGUAACCCGUGCAUAUAGUCCAUUCAGAGAGUUCCAAGGUCACUAAGGCAACCAAUAAAACGCUACAGUGAUCGUCACGUGAUAACGGAAAAUAAACACUGUUUUGUACUUUGUUCAUAAUAUUCCGCGUGUUUUCUUGCUGUCGCUUUAAACGGGAUUGUAUCUAUUUUAUCUGAAAAUGACCGUGUCAGCGAUCGCCCACGUUCUCAUACCCUUCCUACUUUGCAUAGCGCUUGCAAACACUCACAUUUUCGACGAAGUUUUGGUGGAUGUCACUUAUGAUCACUAUGCGGAGAAGAAAGUAGACGGUCUUCCUGCCUUCUUGGCCAUGCCGUUUAACUGUCUGAUAAAUUCAGGAUACAUAUUAUUGGGAAUCUAUUGGAUCUUGCAACGGAUGUCAGACAGUAAAGGCAGCAGCAGUGCAGCCGCUUACACCAAAGACGUGUUUGCGCUAAUGGCAGUCGCAUAUGGACCGGUGCAGUGGGUCCGCUUGGCCACCUUGCGGCGCGCGCCCUCUGUUUUGGACCAGUGGUUCACUUUACCUAUUUUUGCCUGGGUUCUGGUGUGGGGUAAUGUCAUUGACAAAGGCUGGUCGUCUCGUUACGCUUUAAUGGUCGAGGCAUGUUCUAUCCUCAGCUAUGGACUGGCGCUCUUUCACGACCGAGGCUUUGAAGCAGCUCUGGGUUGUCACAUCGCCUGCGCCCUGUUCAAAGGCGUCCGCGCGCAGAUGCGCCACGGAGAUAAGGAGUCCUUGCGCUAUUUUUGGUUGGCAGUGCUGUCUUGCUCUGGUUUCGUGGUUCUGAAACUUCUGGAUCAUUCUCUUGCAGAGUACUGGGUGUUUCAAAAUCUCACUGGACAUUUCUGGUCCAAAGUUUGCGACAUUCUGCAGUUUCAUUACAGUUUUUGUUUUCUCACUCGCCUGAGUGAAAAUGCACAGAAACGCUCCUCAUGAAUGCCCAUACAUGUCAUUUAAUAGCCUAAGUAAGUGUACAGUACAACCGAAUAAUAAGACAAUGGACAUGGGCUAUAUUUUGUCUUAUUUGUCAUUAACAGUAAUAUCAUGUCACACUGACAGCCUACAGAUUAUACAAACGUCUAAUGAUUUUAAUGUGAUCAACAAGUUUGUUUUUGUUUUUUAAAGAAACUCUUGUUACCUUUAAGGGGCAUAUUUUUUCGAACAUAUAAAAACAUGAGCCACUUAUGUCAAAUAAUUUGACUGAAUCACUUGUAAUACAGUAUUAUAUUACAAAAUCAAUAUAUUGAAUAGCCUAUAUAGUAUAUAUUCUAUUCUAGGCUGGUAAAUUUCUGAUUCUGGUCUACAGUUUCAGUUUCUUUCUCUCUCUCUCUCUCUCUCUCUCUCUCUAUACAUAUAUAUAUAUAUAUAUGACUUCAGAUGCAAAAGCCUCUAGGUGCCAUCAAAACAUUUGUUCUAAAAAGAGCAUUUUUAUCAAGCUUGUAUGUUUAGGUUCAGUAAUUUCACUUUAAUGGCAAUUAAUAGGCCCUUUUCAUUGCCAUUAAAGUGAAAUAACCGAAAAUAUACAUACUUGCUUGAUAAAAAUGAUCAUUUUAGAAGAAAAUUUCAGAUGGCACUUAGAGGCUUUUGCAUCUUAAGUCUUCAUAUAUAUACAGUGUAAUAUAAACAUUUCAGAGAACUAAAUCCAAAGCUACUAAAAGUUUGUUCAUAAUAUCCCUUAGUCUGAUUUUCCAGUUGUAAAGUUAAAAAUGAAUGUAAAUGCACAAUAUAUGAACAGUCUUGUAUUGUUCUUACCUUAACUUGUUGCAUUAAAACAAUAUUCUUGAGCAAAAA